UAGGUGGGGUUUCCAUAGGAAAAAGCAGCCUCUCUGUUUCCUUGCUCUUGCAACUGUUUGGAGUCUGAAUCCCCUACAUCCCACUUCACUUGGUAAAUUCCCUUUUUGAGCUGGACUUUCCCCAUCCUUUCACAAGUACAAAAGUGAAGCCUUCUUUGAUUCCCUCCAAACUUGGGGUUCACAGCUCUCUUCAAAUGAAGAUGGACUUGCCUGGAAAUCUUGCUAUUUCUUUCAGCAUCUGAAUAUGGGACCCGAUCAUGCCAGCAAGUUUGGUGGCAAGAGGACAAGGCCAAACACACCCUCCAGGAAACACCUGAGGACUUUUCCAGCCUCUAAGGGCCGCUAUCCCCUUCCAAAUCCCAUCUGAGAGGGGGUAAGCAUGGCAUUCUUUUUACAGCUUCAGUUCUUUGGUUUGUACUGGAUCUUUUUUCUUUCAUCAGAUAGUCAGGAAAUAGCUACUCUCACUGUAAAAUACCAAAUUUCAGAAGAAGUGCCGUAUGGAACAGUGAUAGGAAAACUGUCUAAAGAACUGGGCUGGGAGGAGAGAAGCAGGCAGGAAGGGGCUUUCCAGAUUUUGCAGCCACUUCAGGUGCUUCCCAUUCAGGUUGACUCUAAAGAUGGUUUACUCAGCACUGGGAGGAGGCUAGACAGAGAACAGCUUUGCAAACAGAAAGAUCCUUGUCUGAUAUCCUUUGAUGUGCUGGCCACUGCGGACUUAGCUUUGAUCCAUGUGGAGAUCCAAGUGCUGGAUAUCAAUGAUCACCAUCCCCGUUUCCCCAAAGCAGAGCAGGAGCUGGAGAUCUCUGAAAGUGCCUCUCUUCGGACCAGGAUUCCCCUGGACAGAGCCUGGGAUCUUGACACUGGCCCUAAUACUUUGUAUUCCUAUUCACUUUCUCCCAGCGAACACUUUGCUCUGGAGGUGAUCCUGGGGCCUGACGAAAGUAAACAUGCAGAGCUUGUAGUGGUUAAGGAGCUGGAUCGGGAGCUGCAUGCAUCCUUUGACUUGAUAUUAACAGCCUUUGACAACGGAGAGCCCCCCAAGUCAGGCACCAGCUUAGUUAGGGUCAGUGUUUUGGAUUCCAACGACAACAGUCCUAUGUUUGCAGAGAGCUCCUUGGCUUUAGAAGUGGGGGAAGACACCGUCCCUGGGACCCUUCUCAUAAAUCUCACAGCUACUGACCCGGACGAAGGACCAAACGGGGAGGUUGAGUUUUCCCUCAGUAAGCACGUGCCACCAAAUGUGCAAGACACCUUCAGUAUCAACGCCAAGACAGGCCAGAUCAUUCUGCGUCAGCCCCUGGACUAUGAAAAAACCCCUGCUUAUGAGAUAGAUGUGCAGGCCAGGGACUUGGGUCCCAACCCCAUUCCAGCUCACUGCAAAGUCCUCAUCAAGAUUCUAGACGUUAACGACAACUCCCCGAGCAUCCAUAUUACAUGGGCCUCUCAACCAUCUGUGGUAUCGGAAGCUCUUCCCAAGGACAGCUUCAUCGCCCUGGUGAUAGCGAGUGACCUGGAUUCUGGGGACAAUGGCCUGGUUCACUGCUCGCUCAGCCAAGGACAGGGACAUUUUCAACUGAAAAGAACCAAUGGGAACACUUAUAUGCUCUUGACCAGUGCCCUUCUGGAUAGGGAGAGGUGGCCUGAAUACAACUUGACAUUAUUAGCCCAAGACCACGGGGAGCAACCUUUAUCAGCCAAGAAACAGAUCACCAUUCAGAUCAGUGACAUCAAUGACAACGCCCCCGUGUUUGAGCUGAGCAAGUACAACAUCUCCAUUUGGGAGAAUAAUCUGCCUUCUUCCCAUCUCAUCACUGUUAAGGCUCAUGAUGCUGAUGCAGACCUAAAUGGAAAAGUCACUUACCACAUUCAGGAGUCUCCCUUUUCCCAUCUGGUAGCUAUAGACUCUGACACUGGGGAGAUCUCAGCAGCGACUACCCUGGACUAUGAGCAAAUGACCAGUUUUCAAUUCCUGGUAAUAGCAGAAGACAAAGGUCAACCUCAGCUCAUUUCUAGUGCCUCUGUGAGGGUCUGUCUCCUUGAUACUAAUGACAAUCCUCCCAUAGUGGUGCAGCCUGCCCUUAAUGGUGGAGCAGCCUCUAUUUCUGUGUUUGUGAACUCUUCCACUGGUCACUUAAUAGUCUCUUCUGAGACCCCUGACCCUUUUAGAGCUGCCAGCUCCGGCACGGUAUCUUCGGGAGCUGCUAGGUCACAGCUGUUUCUCUUAAUGACCAUUGUAGCCAUUGAUGCAGAUUCUGGGGACAAUGGGAAUCUUCUCUAUGCCGUUCAGGGUGGAAAUGACGCUCACCUCUUCUUCCUUGACCCUCACUUGGGGCAGUUAUACAUCAAUGUCACCAAUGCCAGCAGCCUCAUUGGCAGUGAAUGGGAACUGAUGGUGGUUGUCACUGACCAAGGGAGCCCCCCCUUGGAGACCAGAGCUCUGGUGAGAGUCACUUUCACCAACAGCCUUGAUCACCUGAAGAACCUGGCGCAGGGAUCUAGCCCCCUGAGCAUCCCAGCAGUGACGGUGAUUUGCUUGGCUGUGUUGCUGGCCAUCUUCUUGUUGAUUCUUGUCCUAAUUGUGUCCAUCUGUAGAACUGAUCGGAAAGAUAACAGAGCUUAUAACUGCAGAGAAGCAGAGUCAACCUACCGACACCAGCCCAAGAGACCCCAGAAACAAAUCCAGAAAACUGAUAUUCACCUAGUGCCCGUGCUCAGGGGCCAGGUGGAAGAGCUUAGUGAGGCUGGGCUGCCCCAUAAGGAUGCAGGAAAGGAAAAAGUCCCAGAAACAGUCUGGGAUUCUACCCUGCAGGCUCUAUUAACCCCAACAUUGUACAGGACACUUCGGAACCAGAGGAACCAGGGAACUUCCCCUGAGGACAGAGAGGUACUACAAGACACUUAUAAUCUCCUUUUCCACCAUCCCAGGCAGAGAAAUGCCUCUCGAGAAAACCUGUGUCUUCCAGACCCCCAGCCAACAACAUGUCAACCUCAUCCAAAGGCCUCGAAGAAUAUGGGGAGUCCCCAAAUGAAGCCAUCCCAACAGCAGAGGAGUGAUCUGCCUGGGCCAGCCCUUCCAGCCUCCUCUGCAACUCUUAGGAGGCAACGAAAUCUGAACGCCAAAGCUGAUCCAGAUGAGGAACAUCACCCCCACCAGAUCCUGCGCAGCCUGGUUCGACUGUCUGUGGCUGCCUUCACAGAACGCAACCCCAUGGAAGAGCUCACCAUCGACUCCCCUCCAGUUCAGCAAAUAUCCCAGCUGCUGUCCUUGCUGCACCAGGGCCAAUUUCAACCCAAACCAAACCACAGAGGAAACAAAUACUCAGCCAAGCCCGGUAAUGUCAGAAAUGCAGGAUUGGAGACAGAUUGGCAAAAUGCCAAGGAGGGUGACCAUGGAGAACAUGAAGCUGAGGAUGGGAAUUUGGACAAUGAGUUGGACCUCUCAAUGAAACAGCUCUUGGAGGAAGAAUUAGAGAGCUUAUUUGAUCCACAAACAGGUCUGGCCCUCGAUCGGCUGAAUGUACCAGACCCAGCUUGGAUGGCAAGGCUGUCCCUGCCUCUUCAGGCCAACUACAGAGACAAUGUCUUCUCCCCAGACUCCCCCUCCUCUGGCCAGGGCCGAGACGCUGCUGCCAUGGAGGAGCCGAGAACCUUCCAGACGUUCGGUAAAUCUGCUGGUUCUGAGAUGAAGUCGAUGGGGACCCAGCUGGCCAGCACCUUUCUCUCAGAAAUGAGCUCUCUGUUUGAGAUGCUGCUGUCCCAAAACAGCAACGCCCCUGUGGCUGCUUCUGAAGUGCUGCAGCGCCUCUCAGCCUGUGGCAAGACUCUGGGGUUGGACCUUGCUGGAAGUGGGGCCCUGGGUGCUGAAGCCGUAGGUACAAACGAAAAGAAAGGAACCAAGAUCAGGACUGGCAGCAGUAAUAGCUGCAGGGACCUGUGAGCCUGGACAAGGGGCUUUCUGGAGGAACCUAACCCACCCACCCCAGUCUGGAGGAAUAUUGGCGUUUUGUGUGUUCAGUCCGCAUCUUAAGGCUUGUCAGGUUUGGUGCUGGGUGAUGAGUCUGAGUCCUGAGUCAUCUCUAACCUCCCCAUGAAGAAACCUGACCUGAGCUGGACACAAAACUCCUGGCUGACUCUACAGCCAAAGCUGCUGCUCCAAGGAACACACCUGGCUCAUCACCAGAAGUGGUAGCAGUGUUAGCAAGGAGACCAACAAAGACUUCCUUAAAGGGCUCAACCUUCUCAAGGACUUGGCUGCAGAAAAGUUGCUGGACUGAAACAGAGCUUGGGUAUUUGCUGGCAAAAUACAAACAGAAGCUAAAGAAACAGUCCCUAGAAGUAGAAAUGUGUAAGAAAUAUUGAAAACAAAUGUGUGUAUAAAUGGAUAUUCUCAUAAAAACACUACCUGAGUUGCCCCUCACAUGAUAUAAACUAAGCCACCUGUGCAUAGAACCCUGAAUUCUGGAGAUUCUUAAAUUUCUAGUUCUUACCGCCUCUCAAACAUAAAAAAUGGGGGGAAAUAACUGUUCACUCUGUCCUUCCCCUCCAAAAAAUCUUUGGCCAGUUUGAUCCAAAUUGGUCUGGGGAAAUAAAGAAGGAAACUCCUAUGACUUCCUCCCAAAGUAUGUGUACUAUUAUGUGCACAUGCUUACAUUGUGCAUUCACUCUAGCCUGACACUGCAAUCAGUUGCCACCAAAGAUCCUUUCUCUAGAGAUGCCUUCUGCUUUUUUCAAGCCUGUUGGUCCUCCUUGAUGUGGCAUUUAAAAGAGCAAUACUGAUGUCUAUAUAUAAAAGACACCUGAGAUUAAAUUCUUCUUACUUCAGGAGAUGAGAAAUAGCCAAUAAUUUGGGCUGUUGCCAGCAGUGAACUUGCCUAAACUUCACUCUGGAGACCUCUUAAAAAUAAAAUAUUUCCAAAGCAA